GUGACACCGCGUCACGAUUGUCACGAAUCUCGAAUGCGGUAGCACGACUGCAGCAACGACGUUCUGCAUCCCCGUUCCCUGGUGACGCAUCGGGAAUCGAUUGCGACCUUUUGACCCACCGUCUUGAAACAUCUGAGGAGAAAGACCGUCUGUGCCACCUACAGUUGGCGCAGGCGCCAUGAUUAUCCGACGCUCUCAUGCAAGUCAGCUAGAAGACGAAAUGCAUCCGCUGUGACAUCCUAAUGCACCAGGAAAGUCAAGACUAGGGGGCAUUUCACUGUUCAUUAGUAUCGACACGCUACGUUUCCUAAAGGUCACACGCGUGUCGGUCUUGUCAGCGUAUCCAUCUCCUACAACCCGAAUGAUCCUACGAAGAUCCCUGAUGCGCCGACGUACCUGCCUGGCCACCACUGUGUAUCUGGAUCGGACGGUGGUCUGAGAAACCAGUCGAAACCAUUUCUGUCCGAGAUUGCUCCCUCGUGGAUUGCCGUGGACACAUGCGUUCUCUGCGUUGAUCAUUCUGUCUCGCCUGGACAUGCCCUAGAUUUGGAGCAGACAAGUUCGCGCCGAUCAUCCAGCGGCUGACAAAACGGGCGCUGCCGCGAUGAUCCCGAGCAACGUCUUCGAGCCGUCCUGGGCCGAGAACGAGGAGCUAUCGAUCUUCGGCGGGAACGCGCGCACGCUAACGACAACAACCAAGCCGACCGAAACACUGCCCCCCUAGUGCGAGUUGGCGUACUUGAGCUCUGUGUUCACGGAUGACGCGCUCGAGUUCUUUGCCAAGCUAUCGAACUUGGAAAGCACGACGCACAUGCUCUGGCCGAAUCCAGACACACCGUCCUUCAGCCAGGCCCAGUUCCAGCGGGAAAUGCUGUGCUACCCCGUCGGCGAUGAUCGCUGACAAUAGGCUCGUCGACACUGAUUUCAUUUCUCGAUGGACGGCUCUACGCACACAAGACAAGUCCUCUUUCAUCCGAACUGUUACAUAGAAAGACGGCCGAUCAAUCUUGGCAGUCAGCGUCCAUCCUGUCGCGAAUUUCAGGGCGUUCGCACCCUGCAGUACAAGACUAUGCCUCUCGUCGCGCCUCCCGGAUACAUCACCUUCCUCUGGAUUCGCUUCUGGCGAACAUGUUCGACAACGAUGACGACGACGACGACAGCUCGUGUCCGCCACACUGGUGUCGGUCGUUUCGAAUCGCUGUGGU